AUGGGUACGACAAAUAUAAGCCAAUUGAUGGCUGAAAUGAGGCAGUUGGUUGUAAAUUUGCAAUCAAGGGAACGUGCCACUGAAGGCGCCCUGACGAAGAGUCAAAUUGUCAACGAUAAAAUUUCCAGUAUGAAAGAGUAUAUUAGAUGGUCGUUGAAAAGUGCUAAAAAAUUGGUUUUCUUCAAGUAUCAAGAGGAAGUGGCAAAUAUGAAUGGCUGUUGGCGUAUGCAAGGUCGUAAGGUACUAUUGGCUGGCUUACAACAAGAGAAUCGACAAAUCCUGCAGUUACAGCAAGAAAACAGGGAGUUGCGACAAACAUUAGAAGAUUAUGAAGGAACGUUAGAGAUUGUAAUGCAAAAGCAUCGAAUGAUGGUAGCAUCUUGGUCUCGAUACAUCAACGCGUUACACAACAAUCAGCCAUUACCUGCCGUGUGCAACUCCGGAACUGAUUACAGCAAACAGUCAAAUAACUCACCACUAGUCGAGAAGACAGUACAGUUCUCAAGAAUGCUUCAAGAUCGUUUCAUUGAAGGCGAAGCAAUGUCUAAUAUAGAUCAAGAAAUUAUCGCGAGGCUGACCACUGAGAAUGCUUGUUUACGAGAAUUGCUGAACAUAAGUAUGCGAAAUAAUCCGAAUAUAAUUCGUGAAUUCACCAAGCAGAAUAAUGAAACGAUAUUAUUGAAUAACAGUAGUAAUCAAUCGAAUGGCAAUAUUGAUGAUAAUUCUGAUUCGUUGAAUGGUAUACAUGAUCUAGGUGAUGAUGGUGCGUCAACACCAACAAAUGCCUCACACGGUGACUGGGUUGAGAAUAACGUUAAACGGAAUGGAGUAACGGUGAAGAAAACACGAAAAAUAUUGAACGAUGUACUAUAUUCGCCAGUGGAAUCGAAUUCAGCAACAACAAAUAAAUCAUCAUCAGCAGCAGUAGCAACAACAACAGGUCGAGAAGGCUAA